GGAUUCACAGGACCUGAUGGCUCACGUGGAGCCACGGGACCAAAAGGACAGAAGGGUGAGCCAGGACUGCCAGGUGCUCGUGGUCUUCCAGGUCCAGCUGGUGCAGCAGGGCUUCCUGGGGAAGUAGGUCGUGCUGGUCCACCUGUAAGUACUACUGUGUUUGCUAAAAAUGUAGGUGUAUUCAAUUGCUCGAAGGGAGAUCCAGGAAAAAGAGGACCUCCAGGGCCACCAGGACCACCAGGUCCCCGGGGAACAAUUGGCCUGCAAGAUGGUGACCCGUUGUGUCCCAAUGCCUGUCCACCUGGCCGCCCAGGACAUGCUGGCUUGAUGGGAAUGAAGGGCCAGAAGGGUUCAAAAGGAGAGCCUGGUGAACCAGGAAAACAAGGUUAUAAGGGUGAAGAAGGGGACCAAGGACCCAGUGGAGAAGUUGGAGCUCAAGGCCCUCCAGGCAUCCUAGGUAUCAGAGGUAUAACUGGUAUAAUGGGACCUAAAGGUACCAAAGGAGCUCGUGGGCUUGACGGUGAGCCUGGUCCCCAAGGUCUUCCUGGUGCACCUGGAGAUCGAGGACAGAGAGGUCCACUGGGAGAGGCAGGUCCAAAGGGAGAAAGGGGCUUACCAGGAGUUGAUGGUCGGGAAGGGAUUCCUGGAAUGCCUGGAGCAAAAGGUGAACCAGGAAAACCUGGAGCUCCAGGUGAUGCAGGGCUUCAGGGACUGCCAGGUAAUAGAGGUCCCCCUGGGGUGCCAGGUUUGAUGGGAAAUUCUGGUAAAACGGGUGAGCGGGGGCCAGAGGGAGAAGCAGGUCCAACAGGACCCCGGGGACCUCCAGGUCCCCAGGGUGAUAUUGGACUUCCCGGACUGCCAGGGCCUCCAGGCCUACCUGGUGGUAAGGGUGACCGGGGUUCAGUGGGUGAACCAGGACCUAAGGGUGAACAAGGUGAUAUGGGAUUACCAGGAGCAAAGGGAGCUGUUGGUAAUCCUGGAGAUCCUGGUUCCCGUGGGCCUGAGGGAAGUCGAGGACUGCCUGGCAUGGAAGGGCCACGAGGCUCACCUGGACCACGAGGCUUGCAGGGUGAACAGGGUGCCCCAGGUCUGCCUGGCAGCCAAGGUCCAGCUGGAAAAGAACCAACUGAUCAGCACAUUAAGCAGGUUUGCAUGAGAGUCAUGCAAGAACAACUAGCUCAGCUGGCAGCCAGUCUUAAGAGGCCAGAAUUUGGUGCUCCAGGGCUUCCUGGCAGACCAGGGCCACCAGGUGCUCCAGGGCCUGCUGGUGAAAAUGGCUUCCCGGGACAGCUCGGACCCCGUGGCUUGCCAGGCCUUAAAGGUCCCCCUGGUGACAUUGGUCGUAAAGGUCCUAAAGGUGAACCAGGAGAAAGAGGAGAAAGAGGAUUUCCAGGCAGAGGUCUGAAAGGUCACCCUGGACCAAGAGGUCUUCCAGGUGAACCAGGCAAACCCAGCUACGGCAGAGAGGGCCGCGAUGGUGAACGAGGUCUCCCUGGGGUGGCCGGUCAGCCUGGGGUUCCCGGCCCUCCCGGCCCUCCCGGCCCUCCUGGGUACUGCGAGCCCUCGUCUUGCAGAAUGGAGGCUGGCCAGAGAGCUGAGAAGAACAUGAAAGGGCCGUGAAUGGGCAGCGCGAGUGCCAUGAAGCGUCGGCAUCGAUUUACUUCCUGCACAGGCAGCUGAGGAAAAAAUAAGGAAUGAAGGAGAAA